AUGUGCAUCACGGACGAUGGAUCUGGUGAAGAUUGGCCAAUCAGUCUCCAAUACCUCCAGGUCGGCGGGAGGCCUGAUAUACAAAAGAUGCCUUCUUUUAGGUGGCCUCAGAAUAUACGCAGAUUAGAUUUGUGUGGUUUGUCUCUCACAGCUGAAGUCUUGGAGAACAUCCUCAUCAAUGAGCAGCUCCACGCCACAAUAACACGUUUGUGCAUCCACAGUUCCAAUCGCGUCGCGGAACUUUGGGAUUCUGCAAUUCUGGGAGAACUAUUUAUGUUGGAUGCCCUUGAAAUACCCGUUGAUCUGUUUUACCGACUACUGCUUCAUCCUGCAUUUGACACCAGCGUUCUGCCUAUCCCAAUUCGUCAACUGGAUCUCCUUGCACCGUGCGACAUGGAAUUCGCGAUGAUCAUGGGGACGGAGAUUGUUCCUGAGGGCAUAUGCGGCGCUCUUGAACUGACCCUCUCUCUAGUGUGCAGUCUCGGUAUCAGCCGUGAUUGUCUUGGGAUUAUUCCCAAGUCAAAACAUGCCGAAAUCGACAAGUUGGUGUGGAAGAAUAUUGAUCGAUGCCCUGAGAUUGAACUUGAGACCAUUUUCGAAUUGGGCGUCUAUGUCAUUAAUCCGCCAGCAUGCUGA